UUUCGAAUUCAUAUCUCAAUUUGAAUUUGUAUCUAUAACAUCUGAGAAACAUAUAAGGAGUCUAAUCAGUACAGGCUACAUAAAACGGCUAACACAGUAACAUCUAGCUCGACCGACAAGGGUACAGACUAUCCAUAAACGCCCACGGACAUAUAGAGUCGCAGCCAAAAAUAUCGGUUACACCAUUAUGUCCGACUCCACAACUCCACCGGACAGCAUUUCUCGCUCCUCUUCUCCAGGUCAGGCCGGUCCCCAACGCCGAGUCGUAUCGGGAUCUCUGCGUGACCGUAUAGCCAAAUUCAAUAAUCCUUCAGCUCCACCCCCCGUUCCCAAGCAACAUGUCCCCAGCGCACCUGUGUCGCGCGGCAUGGUCGGAAACCGUAUCCCCAGCUUGGACCGCAAGUCUGCUGGGAUUUUGGGGGUGACUCCUGAUAAAAGGGUACCCGAGAGUAAGGGAAUGAUUGGUAACAGGAUUCCUAGUGUGACUGGCGGCGGGUACUCCCCUGUGCCCUACCAAAACACUGGGUCCAGUAGUGGCGGUAUCUCGACAAAUCCCGCGCCUGCGGUGGUUGCUCGCGAUGCCAGCCCUGCCGGUUCUGCUUCUGGCUCCGUAGACUCUAGUGCUGCCUCCGCUACCGUCGAUAGCUCGGCCUCACCCAUCACUUCACGCUCAUCUACACCUCCCAGUUCGCCUGGGACUGCAGGUACUGCUGCCACAGGCGACGUCCCCCCUAGCCUCGUUGCUGCCACUCUUCCCUCUUUGAAUGCCAAUCUUGGUACCUCGACACCGUCAUCCACUCGCGCUGAGGCCGGAGAUGCAGUUUCCGAGUUUUCGUUGUCGGUACCAUCUACUCCCAUGGGUAACAGCACUCCCCCUCUUCCUGCACCCGAGUACGACCUCGUCGCACCUAAUCUCAAGCUCGCAACCGGGUCUAUCCCCCACCCAAUGGCGCCUGGUAUCACUUCCCAAUCGGCCAAGUUUGCUCCUAGUGUAUCUUCCUCGCUUGCUACUCAAUCUGUGGGCAGCGAGGAGGAAAUUCAGAUGAUGGCCGAUGUUAGUGGGGUCAGUACUCCUAUGGGUACACCUCGCGCCGAGAGGCGGGGGUUGGGAGAAGGGAGCGUAGCCGGAGAAGGAAGUGUAGGCGGAGACGGAAGCGUUGCUGGGGAUGAGGAAGGCUCAGUAAACGAUGUGAGCGGCAAGAUCGACAAGCUUGAUCUUGGCGAAAACACUCCGCCUUCCGAUGAGACCCUCUCUACCCCUGUCAAGGACAUCAAGGCCCCCACAGUCCACGAGCCACUCGAAUCUGCUGCCACCGACAAAGAUCUCGAAGGUCCUCCUACUCCCAAGUCUGCAGCUUCAAGCUCCGACCCCAGCAAGGCGCAAGACCUUGUUGCUCUCAAGCAGGGCCAGCUACAUUCCUCGCCCAGCAAUGUGCCCUCCAGGGACAUUGAUGACAUGGCUGCGAGCGUUAUGGCCCGAAACUUCGGCGAGUACACUAUUGCCCCCGAGGAGAAGAAGGUACAGGGCGGAGAAGCUGGCCAAUUUAUCGAGGAUGUGGAGAUCCCUGAUGAGAUUCUCGUGCCUCCCGCCCAGACUAAGCAAGAGUACGGUGGGCAGGAAGAGUUGCCGAUUCAAGAAGUCGGCAAGGAAGGUGACAAGGACGUUAUCAAGACUGACGAGGAAAAGGCGGCUGAGCAACCUGAUGUCGUUGUGGCUGGUAAAGACGUCCCUGCCACCCAAUCCGCCGAAUCUGAAGAGCCAGGGCCCAUCAAGACAGAUUCGGAGAAGGCCGCCGAGGAGCCCGAUGUGGUCACUGUAGGUGAAGACGUACCGCCCACUCAGUCUGCAGAGGGAUCCGAACCUAUCAAAACGGACUCGGAGAGGGCGGCAGAGGCGCCAGAUGUGGUCCUCGCCGGCGACGAUGUACCUGCUACCUCAUCUGGUGAAACUGCCAAUAAGGGGGUCAUCAAGACAGAUGCGGAGAAGGCCGCUGAAGCUCCAGAUGUCGUCACUGUCGGCAAAGAUGUACCCGCAACACAGUCGGCUUCCCAGGGUGACGAAGAGAAAGUAGUGAAGACGGAUGAAGAAAAAGCAGCAGAGGCGCCUGAUGUAGUUGUGGUCGGAAAGGAUGUGCCUGAAGUCCAGUCUGCGGAGCAGGACGGAAGUACGAUCAAGAUUGAUGAGGAAAAGGCUGCUGCUGCGCCCGAUGUCAUCACGGUCGGCGAGGAUGUGCCUGUUGUACAAUAUGGUGAUGCAGAAGACGGUGCGGGCCUCAUCAAGACCGAUGAAGAGAAGGCUGCUGAGAAGCCGGAUGUUGUUGUCGUCGGCCAGGACGUUCCUGCUACUCAGUCUGCGGAGGAUAACACCCCUAUCACCGAAACCAAGGUAGAUCAACCGCAAGUCGCUGCUGUAGGAUCUGAAAUCCUGCCGGGAGACGUCAUCUCCUCUGACAGGGACAAGGACGUCAAGCAAUUUGAGGUUGAGCCUGCCCCUACCGCACCCUCAAUCCAACCCAGCGCCCCAACAUUUCUUGAUGUCCCCUCACCUGUCGAAAUUGUAGAUGAAGAAAAGACCCCUACUGGCGAAGAAGCUGCACCCGACUUUCCCACGCCUCCUGCAGCCGAUCCUGACGUUGUAGAUCCCAUCUCUGAAACCACCUCUUCGACUGAACUUGAAUCUCCUCAGCAGAGCGCCGUCGCUGCCUUCAACGAACCCUCUGAUGCACCCGAAACGCCCAUCGAUAAAUCAAUGCUGAAGUACUUCCCCGAAGUCCCUGAUGAGGAGAAGCCGAGGGUAGAAGUCCACGUUUCAAGCCCCGCUGUGACGCCUGCCAAGUCGAAGAAAGAGUCUAUCGGGAACCCCAAGAGCCCUACAGGGUUGCCUGCUUCGAGCAGUGAAAGGUCUUUAGGGGGGGAAAGCGACGUUGCUGACCUGCAAGGACAAAGCAAAUCCAUCAGCCAUCCGACUUUAGAUAAUAUCACUCCUAGCAAGUCAUCUCUUUAUGCAGUAGAAGGAGAUUCUUCCGAUCAACUUGACACCAUGACUCCCGAGGCUGCCAAACGGCUCUCAAAGUCAAACUCAAUGAGGAAGAGCCCUAAGAGCCCGCUGUUGGAUGACGAGGAUCCGGGAGAUUUCGAGCCUGGAGAAGGAUGGGCGGUUGUUACUAAGGGAAGGGAUGCCUGAAUCGAGGCGACUCUGAUGAAGGGUGUGAUUUUGACGAUUAUCUACAUGUGGAUUACGGGAAGCGUCUAUGGAUGACGGUCAUGGCCUGGCGUCCGGGGGAUCUGAUGACUUACGUCGAAUUUAUGAGGGGUAGAAAGCAAUUGUA